UCUCUCCUCCUUUUUGUUUGGGUAGAAGAACAAAAAAAGCAUUUAGAGAGGCAAGAUGAGCUGCAAUGGGUGCCGAGUCCUUCGCAGAGGCUGCAGCGAUGAAUGCAUCCUAAGACCUUGUUUGGAGUGGAUCGAAUCCCCUCAAGCCCAAGCCCAAGCCACCCUCUUCGUCUCCAAAUUCUUCGGCCGCUCCGACCUCAUGUCCCUCGUCGCCGCCGUCCCCCACUCCCAACGCUCCGUGCUCUUUCAAUCGCUUCUCUUCGAGGCCUGCGGCCGCAAGGUCAAUCCGGUCAACGGCGCCGUGGGGCUGCUCAUCACCGGCAACUGGCACAUUUGCCGGGCGGCGGUCGAGACCGUGCUCGCCGGCGGCGUCAUCACCCCCAUUUCCCCGCCGGAUGGGGUCGUGAAGUGCAUGGAGACGGAGGCGUCGGAGAUAUCGGAGGAGUCGCCGGAAUCCGGUGAGAGUGACAAGGAGCCAAAGCUGCUCAACCUUUUUUCUUAAUCAUGGAAAUGGAAGAAGACCUGAUAAUUUUAAUCAUCCUUUUUCUUUUACUAAGUGGGAGUGGGACUAACCUUUUUUGGACCAAGUGACUAGAAAAUUGACUUUUCGGUAGUCUAUGUUUAAAUCGGAAAUUGUACUACUAUCUCUUUUUGUAGGAGAGUGCUAUUUUGAUAAAUUAAUAAAAAUACUUUCUUUUA